AUGAAAGACACUUGUACCGUCCCCCGUGAAAUAUUGGAGUUCCAAUGGAAAUCAGGGGGUAACAAAUAAUUCUUUUCAAAUAUUUUCGUCUUAAAAGUUUUCAGCAACCGUCCCCCCGUCAAUAACCUAUUAUUUUUGGAAUUCAGGGGGGUGGGAGAGUUGAAAUAUUUCAGGCAUUUUAAUUUAUGCGACAAAAGACAACAAACGUGGCGCUUUGUGUUUUCGAGAAAUGUGAAAUUUUGUCCAAUUUUUCUUCAAAUAUUCACACAAGACACUCACGAGUUUCAAGAUAGGCAAAGUAAGUUGAGUAAUCUAUCAAAAACACUGUCAGAAAUGAUUAAACUUGUAUUUUAUCAAUUUAUUCAAUAUAUCGUUUGAUCAUAUCAUAUAUAUUGGUCCGAUUUACUAAAGAAAAGAUAUACAGUUUGUGUGAUAAUUUAUUUGUGUGAUAUGGCAAACAGAUGUCAGGGACUUUCUGCAUCUGCUUUGACAAACUUGUGUGCAGAGUUUGUCUUAAUUAUGAUGAUGGUGAUAUAAUGGGCUAUUCCAUUUAAUAUCCGUACCCCCCCUGUCGAGGAUACAUGUUUUUCAUUGUCAUACCCCUGAAGAAUUCCAAGCUCAAAACUGUUUACCCCUGAAGAAUUCCAAAAUUCCAAGCUCAAAACUCUUUACCCCUGAAGAAUUCCAAGCUCAAAACCUUUUACCCCUGAAGAAUUCCAAAAUUCCAAGCUCAAAACCCUUUACCCCUGAAGAAUUCCAAGCUCAAAACCUUUUACCCCUGAAGAAUUCCAAGCUCAAAACCCUUCACCCCUAAAGAAUUUCAAGCUCAAAACCCUUUACCCCUGAAGAAUUUCAAGCUCAAAACCUUUUACCCCUGAAGAAUUCCAAGCUCAAAACCAUUUACCCCUGAAGAAUUCCAAACUCAAAACACUUUACCCCUGAAGAAUUCCAGGCUCAAAACACUUUACCCCUGAAGAAUUCCAAGCUCAAAACCCUUUACCCCUGAAGAAUUCCAGGGAUCCUCGACAGGGGGGGUACGGAUAUUAAAUGGAAUAGCCCAAUGUACCAGUCAAAUCCAACUGCGAUCAUCCCUCCCCCCCCCCCUGGACGACCCCCCCCCCCGGGAAUUUGACUUUUCAAAAAAAUUUUGGUCAGAUUCCCCACUGUGCGAGCAAAUCCAUUGUCAAAUUCCCACGGUGCGGGCAAAAAACCAACCUCGCAAGCCAGGGUCUUGUACCUACGCUAGGCUAUGGCGAAGACCCUGGCUCAGGCUGGUCACGUGACACUUUUAUUUACUCUCCAGUCUCCACCUUGGGGGGGGAUGGGUAGAACACCAGUGGUGCAAAAAUCGACUUCCGGUUGAAAACAGCGUGGUUUGUCAUUUCGAGGAAGUGAAGAGCGCAAAAUAUAAAGUAGCUUGCUUCGACGCAAUAGCAGAUAAAAUGGAAAGAGAAUCUAAAUGUAUGAUUCUCUUUGCUUGUUUACAUUUCGCUAUUAGAAAUAGCUUAUAUUCUAAUUUUAAAACCAAAGCAAGUUAUUUGUUUGGAAAAAUUGUUUUUUGGCUCGGAUGUACUGGCGGUUCUUCCAAUAGGUUAUGGGAAAUCGUUAAUAUAUUAGAUUGGCAAAAAACAUGGUCAAAUGCCCCUCCAUCCAGGCUGGCCAGAUAUCCAUGACUGCAUCAUGUUUAUUUUUAAUGUGUACUGAAAGAACAUUAUAUCAUUAAUCAUAAAUCAAUUCUAUCAUAUUCUGUAUAAAAUUAUACGGUCUUCAUAUUUUAUUGAUAUUUUAACAUAAAUCUUUUUGUAAUACUCCUCCUAGGCACUUUAUCAACAGAAUACCAGUUUUUUUUAUUUCUCUUAUAAAGUUUGAAGGAAACAUGCUAUAUACUUUAUUUUUGUGAAUAUAUAUUAGUUUUAGUCUCAAUGGUCAUAUAAAAUGAAAAAUGGAUAUUUUCAUAAAAUUCUUAAAAAUAAUCGGGAUAAAACAACAAAUAGAAUACCUUAUUUUUGGUACUGUUUUUCUGCUUGAUGCCCGUAAAAUCAGAAAGUUUGAAAAUAAGUUCGCAAACCAACAUGAUUUACAUUUGUCAACAGUUUUUCUAAGCGAUACAACAUUUUUACUAUUCAGGAUAUCUCACUGCGUAAUCAAAUUUACUGUAAAAAACUCAAUUUUUCAAAAUUAUUGGUAAACCUAAUAUACUGUGGUACAUACCACCGGUAUUCUGUAGUGAUUUUAGUAUUUACUUUCCACUAAAUUAAGUUAGCAAUAUCUGUACAGUGUUAUCACAAUACAUGACACACCAAAUCCUUGUACAAUUUGAUAAACCGUUCCUUACUUAUUGCCGCACUGGUAUUCUGUGGUACAUUAGGAUUUUAUCCACAGAAUGUCCGAUUUAAAAAAUAAUAGAAUCUGCCAAAUCUAACCCCAAGACCCCACAGGAAGAAAAAAAAUAAUGAAAAACUAUACUAAAAAGUAUUUAUUAACAGGCUGUGUUAUAUGCAUUUGACAAAAGAUAUGGAACAUGUAAAUUUGUGUGGUAUUCUGUGGUACAUAUACACCUGUAGUUCUUCUCGAAAAUCAGCCCUGUCAACAUUAGGGACUGGUCAUAAAAUAACUGCUAGGGUGGGCUGGAGGUAAACCACAAAUUUUGCCAAUAAGUUUGGUGACCCAUCUUAGGAUGUAGAUAAAAAUUUCAAAGCCCAUCUAAUCUUACCAAAUUUAUUUCAUGACCCACCCACCCAAUCUAAAUUGGGAAAAUACAAUGUUAUAAUACACCGUUAUACAAUGUUAUACGGCACUCAUCAUUACCAAUUACGAUACUGAGCUGCUCUCCAGCUGGUUGUAUUUGCUGUGAUUCGACCACUUCUUGUUGUUGUAUAAAACAAAGUACUGGCUUCAAUAGCUUCAUUUGCAUUUGAUAAUUUGGAUAGUUUUGUUUACUUUUAUUAUUAAUAUCUUUAUGUAAUAUAUAAUUAACAUGGGUUUUUGUUUGGUGGACAUACCAAAAAAAUUGACGAAACUGCCGAAAGAUUUUCCAUGGCCCAUCCCAAAUCACUCCAGCCCAACCUAGCAGUUACUUUAUGACCGGUCCCUUAUUCGUUUUUCUUUUAGUGUUAAAAGGACCACCUAUACACCAUGUUGGCGAUUGCUUAUAUCUCAUUACUGAUCCUUGUUGGCAUAGCCGUACUACUCCACUUGAAAAUUGCUCCCGCAGAAAAGUCUAUCGGUAA